CGCCGAAAACGAAAUUAAUCAUUUCCGCGCAGACAUCCGCAAGGCCAGCGCGAUUUAAAAGGCUUCUGGCGAGCGUGGUGCGCUCAGCUGAUCGACCCACGUGCUGGGCUGCGCCGCGGCACCGCGACGCUUUGUCCUGAUUCAGUAUUAAACGUGCGGUUAAGAAGAAAUCCUGAAUCACACCCACUCCCUGUUACAUUGUCUCUCUCUAUCGCUCCCUCUAUUUAAUAGCACGAGUUCAGAACACGUCGAGCUAUUUACACAGUGCUAACCGUUCGUUUCUGAACGCAUUCGGUUGUGAUCGUGGCGCGAAUUUGUCCAUGUAAGAGCGAUCGAUAAACACCUCCCGGGGAUUUUCAGUCCGUCGGGCAGCCGCGAACGCGCUCUCUCACGUGAGACCGGGAAUAGCUGUCAAAACGACCCACGUGUUCCUACGAGUUCUCAGUACGUGUACGCGCGUGUACAGUGAGAGACAGAAACCGUAACGCAUCCGAGAGAACAAGACCAUGACGUGCUCGCCAGAUGAGGAGAACAAUAGCGUUCAGUGAGAUCCCAGCGUUGCGGGAUAAACGGGUUGAACGCUUUGCGUCAUACCGCGGUGAACUAUUUAUUAAUCAAGAAAUCACUCGGUGGAGUCGAUAGUAAGUACAUAGAUAGAAACAUCAAAUGUUUCAUACAGAUGUUUUGUAGAACGUAAUUACCCGUUGAUGUAAACUUAUCCUUAAUAGCGAGCGGAUGACGAAUUAGAGUAAGUGCAAGCUUGCAGGCUUGCAGGCUUUUGUAGAUAAGUAGACGGAGGGAUCGUAUUGCGGGUGAACUGACUGAUGGGGGAGUGGGGGUGGAAGGGAGGGAGCCAAUGAUUGCGACAAAUAGCAAAGUCAGUGAACCGAAGUCAUGAGAUGCGAUGUAAAAUGAACCGUAUGCAUUCAUGUAACACCGCGUGACUAAUCUUGUCGAUGAUCGGCCGACCGAAAGAUACUGCGACCAGCGGAUAGACUCGCUAUAAUAGCGAGGCUAGGGCUUGUACACGGUUCAACUAUCGUUUCUUCCUAGACCCGUGACCGUAAAUCGUCUCGCGAACCCUUUCAGGAGCUAUUCAUGCGUGCGUUGCGAUACUGUCUCGGGGAAGCGUCAGUGUCGAACGGUAACUCUCAGAGUUCGCUCGACCAGCGGCGCGCACAACGCUCGUUCGACUGACAUUAUCGGAAAUAUUCGGCCGACGAGGGUCGCUAGGGCGGCUGGUGAAAUUCCCGCGCUAACUUCGAUUGGCCGACAAAGUUGCUGGAAAGUCGUGGCGAGCAUCGGCUGAAACACUUGUUGCUGGACCGAUACAGAGACAUCUUGAUAGCGAGGAUUUCAUCCUGCAUUUAUCCAACCCCCUCGAGAUACUAUUUGCUCUUCGUUGACUCUCAGAGUGGAGACGAGCUAAACAGAGGACUCUUUCUACCGAGUAACUAGAAGAGGUCACUUGUUAUGUGGCGGAUCGUAAGAGCUAUAAUAUGCGGGACAGCGUAUUAGUAAUUUUAUUAGCAUGGAUUCUCGCGAUAGAACGUGGACUCUGCGGCAAACUCGAGCUGGUCGCUCAACGACCGAAGAACGUUCUCGAAGACUAUUACGCCUACCGUCACAUUUCCAUCAUCCACUUCAACGUACCAGACACCACUGUCGCGGCAGCAUUCAAGUUCACUGUAAAAGAAAAGAAAACUGGAGGAAUAGGUAAAUGCUCCGCGCGGGACGUCUCCCUGUUUCUGAAGUCUGGCAGCCUGCCGUUCGUCCGUCCCGAUGGCUCAAAGAUAGCAGCCAAGCUCAUGAAAGGGAGACGUCGAUACUAUUCUUUGAACAUGGAGAGCGACGGCGAAGAGUACAUGAUCAGAAUCGAUGCACCUUCGCCUGGCGAUUGGUACGCCAUUGCGUUCCGAUCCUGGUCCGACCCUGACAAUGGGAAAAUUACGCAAGAAGGCCUUGGUGCUUCGUGCGACACGGUGCUGGACGCCGAGUUACUGCUGGAAUCUGCGUCGAUAGUGUCCCUGGUGGACCCAAAAUCGAAGUACGAGGUGCAAAUGAACGAGAGCGUGGAUUCAGCCGUGAUGCAGCUGCUGAUCCCAGACGAAUUCGUGGACUCCAGUCUGUCCCUGAAGUCGACCUGCGGCGAGGACUGCAAGAUAGCGGUCCACGUCACCGCGGAAGACCAUCUCGCUGGCGUGAUCGUGAACACCACCAACGCUACCUUGUUCUUUAAACCUUACUCGGACGCUUUCCACUAUGUAACUCUUCGUUUGCUCUCUGGAGAAUCCUCGAACGUGUCCUUCCAAUUGACCGAGACCCCCUCUGUCGAUUCAGGGCAAAUGAAAUCUGUGAAUCUCAUGAGAAAGUCGCUACCAGACUUCUUCCUCUUCGAUUACGAACAUCUAAUGGAGAAUGGCACGAAACCAUCUGCGUUCAAUCUCACCGCAGACACCCUGUCCGUCCUUAGCUUCGAGAUUGGUAGAGUGUACGACGUCGGUGGGACGCUGACUCUGGGCUUCAAACUUGUAGACGUCCAGGACAACGACAAGAAGACCGUCGUUGUGGCCGUGUGCAUUUCUUUAGGUUACUACUCCAACAUCACUGCCAGUGGAGGCUGCUUGCGCAUGGACAGCACAACGCCAGCGGACAUCUACGUGAACUCUACGGGACCAGCCGUCCUGCACGUCCCCUUUCCCGAGCCAGGCAUCUGGCACGUGAGCUUGAGAGCGUUCUGCGUUGAGGAGAGUUGCAACUGUGUCGAUAAUUGCCUGAACGGCACUGGCUGCGACGAUUGCGAUUGCAUGAGCCCCUGCGACGCGAGAAUAGAGAGCCGCGUCUCUUCUUUGCCGUGCAUAGAGGGUCGUUGCAACUCUCGUGGCAAGUGCAUGCACUACAUGAGCGGAGGAUUCGUGUUCGCCGCGUGUCAUUGUUCAGGAGCGUACCGAGGAUUCGACUGCGCGGACGAUACCUAUGUUCUGGGGACCAGCGACGUGAUCAUCCGAGUGGUGCUGCUCACCUUCAGUAACCUCGCGUUCAUCGGGUCUAUCUACGUGGCUGUGCGUAGAGAAUACUUCACGGAGGCGAUCGUCUACGCCGCCGUGAUGUUCUUCUCGACGUUCUAUCACGCCUGCGAGGCUGGAGAGGACGUCUACAGCAUUUGCAUUAUGAAAUUGAGCGUUCUACAGUUCUGCGACUUCUUCAACGCUCUUCUGUCUAUCUGGGUGACGCUGGUGGCGAUGGCGUCGUUUGGACCGAAGCUCACCGCAUUUUGUCAGAUAGCUGGGGCUGUUAUCCUCGCUAUGAGCGCAGAGUUGGACCGUACCGCUCUCUGGGUGUUCCUUUUGCCCGCUGUUACAGGUUCUGCUUUGAUCGGGCUUUCCUGGGGCGUCAGGUGCAAGAGGAGGGCCACUGUUCGUUAUCCUUUGCGUCCUUAUAGAAGUAUUUAUUUCCCGGCUGGACUUCUUCUAGUCUCCCUUGGUCUGGUCUGCUACGCGUUCCUACAGACGCGAAGCAAUUACUACAUUGUUCAUAGCUUGUGGCACGUGUGCGUUGCUGUUGGAGUGGUGCUGCUCCUGCCGAAGCGGCAAUACAUGAAGUGAUCGUUAGCGUAACAGAUGAAAGUUGUAGAAUGUAACAAUUUUACCGGGAACCUCGUUGCCAAGUCGAAGGAAACACGUACAAAGAAUAUUCGUAGUGAUCAACGGUGCUCUUAGGCGAUCACGCAACGAAUAUUGUAGAUAUCAGAGAUCUUAUUCUUGUAAAACUUGAGAAAUUUUCAUAGAUAGGAGGCCAUUUGACGGUUGAAUACAUUCGAAGAGCAAUACGAAUCGAACAGCGACAACAAAUACAGAUUUAUUCGAGAUUCUAAUGUACACCCUCGUUGUCGGCGGGUUCAUGUAAUUAGCGAACACCGUGUGUAUCAUUAUAUUGCAAUUAAGAUAUAUUUACCACACAACGAGAGCACUCAGAUGAUGUUUCACCCAAAUGCUUAACGACUUGCAUUCAUCGAGUUUAUUAAUUGCAACUUAAUUAUAUAUUUUUUAACAAUACGUUGCAUGCAUCUCGUCAAAGGUUAAAGAAUUUCUGGAACAAUACUUGUACAUGCAGGGAAUAUCCGUGUAUCUGUAACGCUUUACCGUAUGUUGGAUAUAAUUAUAAAUCUCUGAUGGAUUCGUUGUCUUCAGAAUUAAGUUCCAGUUGGACUAUCGGUGAUCCAAUGCUCCAGCUCGAUAUCAAUUCUAGCGAAUUGAUUCCGUGUCUCUAUGGAAUCAAGUCCUUGCGCGUGGAUAUAUAUAUACAUAUAUACAUACGCCUUCAAAGAUCAAUAUAUUUCUAUACACCUCCUUUGGGAGCAGUAGCGACGUUGAAGUAGACUGUGCCUACUUCGUUCAAAUACAUUAUAACGACAAACAUAUUAUAACGUAUACAGUAGUGGCCAUAGAAGUUAGACUAUCUUAAAUAUGUUAAUAUUUCUGAUUGAACUCUCAACAGAGAAGUAACUGUGCUAUUAGAAAUAUUCACAUUAAAGCAUAUACAAUUUAUUACAAUGAAACAAGUUAGUGUCGCACAUGUAUCCACAUAUUCGACUGUGUUUUUAAUGGUACAAUUUCUAUGGCUGCCACUGCAGGUGAUACGAACGCAUGUACAUACAUAUAGUGGAAGAGAUUUGUGAAACAAACUAAAUAAAUUAAAGACAACGCUCGAGAUGAUAAAAACAGAUCGAGUAUUAUAUAAAAAGACAAGACUUCGCGUGUUUGUCCCGCAAAGGCGCCGAAUAAACGUACGGACUAAUAGAUUGAACAUCGUUGCACCAUGUAAUUACCUUGGGCAGUUUGUCUCAAGCAAGGACCGUGAAAAAAAAAAGAAAACGACUGUCCACAUCUGAGAAAAGUAGUCACGACCGCACGCAAAAGUGCACAAAGUAACAACCCUGUCGUUUUAAGCGAGAGGAAUUUCACUUUUCUUAGAUCGCCUGCGUGUAAGACAACGAAAUAAAGAGUUACACGGA